UGCCAAGAAUAUCAGACUAACCCACACCAUCAUUCUUGUGGAACAAGCACUGAUGAAGAUGAUGCUGGCCAGGCAGACACAGGCAGUAAAAAAACGACUCAGGAAGACCGCAGGAAGUCUACCCCAGGACUCAUUUUCACCAAUGAGUUUGGUGAGGAGGUUAUGGACAGCACUGGGGACAGAGGAGACAACUGGUCUAGGUCUGUGGACGGUUCAGGGUCUGAGUAUGAGACUGCUGAAGAGUGGGGAGAUGGGGGUCAAGGGGGAGGCUGGGCAAGUGCAGAUGAAGAGUUUCCAAUUGAUAUGGGAAAGUCAAACAACCUGAAAGGAUGUGCGGAGAAUGGGGCUGUUGAUGCCUCAAAAAGUACCUGUCCUGAAAGAAAAACUGACUCCUCUGAAGUUGACAUUGAUAAUUUUGAAGCUGAUUCACAGGAAACCCAAAUAGAUUUAUCCUCCAAAACAGACAGUCUUUUUCAGUUAGACUAUGAAGGUUCUGCUGAAUUCCAGACAGCUGUCGCAUGUGAUUUAGUUCCUUUUGGAGAAAAGAAGGCUGAGGGUAUGUUUGAUUUAAAUCAGCCAAAAGAACAAAAGGGAUAUGGUAAGUUUGAUUCAGACCCUUUUGCAAAAAAGGAGGGUGAAGGUGGAUUUGAUUUGGAUCCGUUUGUGGAAGUGGGUGGAGAUGGGUUUGAUUCAAAUCUUAUAGCAGAAAAAGAGGGUGGAGGUGGGUUUGAUUCAGAUCCUUUUGCAGAAAAAGAGGGUGGAGGUGGGUUUGAUUCAGAUCCUUUUGCGGAAAAAGAGGGUGGAGGUGGGUUUGAUUCAGAUCCUUCUGCGGAAAAAGAGGGCGGAGGUGGGUUUGAUUCAGAUCCUUUUGCAGAAAAAGAGGGCGGAGGUGGGUUUGAUUCAGAUCCUUUUGCAGAAAAAGAGGGUGGAGGUGGGUUUGAUUCAGAUCCUUUUGCAGAAAAAGAGGGUGGAGGUGGGUUUGAUUCAGAUCCCUUUGCAGAAAAAGAGGGUGGAGGUGGGUUUGAUUCAGACCCUUUUGCAGAAAAAGAGGGUGGAGGUGGGUUUGAUUCAGAUCCUUUUGCAGAAAAAGACAGUGGAGGUGGGUUUGAUUCAGAUCCUUUUGCAGAAAAAGACAGUGGAGGUGGGUUUGAUUCAGAUCCUUUUGCAGAAAAAGAGGGUGUAGGUGCGUUUGAUUCAGAUCCUUUUGCAGAAAAAGAGGGUGUAGGUGCGUUUGAUUCAGAUCCUUUUGCAGAAAAAGAGGGUGGAGGUGAGAUUGAUUCAGAUCCUUGUGCAGAAAAAGACAGUGGAGGUGGGUUUGAUUCAGAUCCUUUUGCAGAAAAAAAGGGUGGAGGUGGGUUUGAUUCGGAUCCUUUUGCAGAAAAAGAGGGUGUAGGUGCGUUUGAUUCAGAUCCUUUUGCAGAAAAAGAGGGUGUAGGUGCGUUUGAUUCAGAUCCUUUUGCAGAAAAAGAGGGUGUAGAUGGGUUUGAUUCAGAUCCUUUUGCAGAAAAAGAGGGUGUAGGUGCGUUUGAUUCAGAUCCUUUUGCAGAAAAAGAGGGUGGAGGUGAGAUUGAUUCAGAUCCUUUUGCAGAAAAAGAGGGUGGAGGUGAGAUUGAUUCAGAUCCUUGUGCAGAAAAAGACAGUGGAGGUGGGUUUGAUUCAGAUCCUUUUGCAGAAAAAGAGGGUGGAGGUGGGUUUGAUUCAGAUCCUUUUGCAGAAAAAGAGGGUGGAGGUGGGUUUGAUUCAGAUCCUUUUGCAGAAAAAGAGGAUGGAGGUGGGUUUGAUUCAGAUCCUUUUGCAGAAAAAGAGGAUGGAGGUGGGUUUGAUUCAGAUCCUUUUGCACUAGGAAGUGCUUUUAAUUCAGGUGUUUUUCAACAAAUUGGUCUUGAACACUGUCAGGAAGGACAAAGUGGGCAGGGUAAAGUCAUUUUUGCAGGACACGACUUGGCAGGUUCCUUGGGAAGUACCACUUCUGCACCCCAGACUUCUGCUGUGCAGCAGGCAGGCAUGGGCAGAGGCCAUGAGUCCUUGCCCACUCCACAAAUCUCUUUCCAUGGAACACCAGCAGAGAGUAAAAAGGAAGUUAAGACCCAUGUAACUCACAAAGACCCAGAAAACUCAGAUAUGUCCGAAGAUGAAGCUGCAAACCGGAGGUUUGGGAAGUUGUACCAAGAUCUAGAUACAGAAAAGGAAGAGGUUACCAGUGCUUUUAAUGGAUUAACGCAGGACGCAGGUGACCCAUCAUUCUUCGCAGAUUUUGAUAAAAUGAAUGACGUUAACAGCAAAUCAUCCGAAGAUCCUGAAGCAUCUGGGACAGAAGCUGUUGGCUCAACAGAGGCUAUUGAUGAACAGGAUAAAUGUGAAACUCCCCCAGCUGAGGAGCCCAAAAGUCCACCUUUUCCUUCUGAUGAGAAACCUCUGAGUCCCCAGGGGGAGGAAGAGGUAGUGGAACCUCAACCAAGUCCUACUGAUGAAGUGAAAGAACCUAAAGCUCCACCUUCAGAUCAAGAUGAACAAGGAACAUUUUCAGAGAGUCUGGAAGAUAAACCAGCUGCUUCAUUUGGAGCUACAGACUCUGAGAGGGUGGAGCCUGUCGCGAUUUCUCCAACUGAAGAGACCAAAACUUCUCCUGAUGAAACUGCUACAUCGGAACAGAUGCCCAUCCCCUCUGUAGUAAUCGAACCCGCCUCCAGCAAUGAAGGUGAUGAUGAUCGUGAUGUCGACAUCAUCUCUCCUACCACCAUCAGUGACAAUGGCGUGGCAAUUCCAAGUCAAGCCAUCAAACAUAUGAGCCCUUCAGGCUCAGCAUCGGGGCUUCCUGAUGAAUUUUUGUACAAGGUAGAGACUAUGCAUGACUUUGAAGCUGCAAACUCUGAUGAGCUGGAUCUGAAGAGAGGGGAUGUUGUUUUGGUGAUUCCCACAGUCUCAGUGGAGGAUCAGGAUGCGGGAUGGCUCACAGGAAUCAAAGAAAACGACUGGUUAACACUUGGUGUUGGAGCUCAAAAAGGACUUUUCCCUGAAAACUUUACCCAGCGUUUGGAGUGAACUUCCUUUUCUCCUUCGAAACAAUAUUUGAAAUACUCCAAAGUCAUUGCACAGGCAGUGUCUUCAGAACGCAGUCAGUUGACCUGCGGGAAAUUAACCUGAUGCACCGGCAUGGUUUAGGGUUAUACUUUUAGUAAAAAAAAAAAAUGUGUGUAACUGUCAUGUAAGUAGUGUUUUUUUUUUUGUUUGGUUUUUUUUUUUUGCUUCUUGGGAAGUCAUCUAAAAGCAUGAUAUUUAAGGUUGAUGUAUGGAAAUGAAGUUUGUAUUAUGAUAAAAGAAACUUUGGAAGAACUACAGCGUCUAAAAAUUCACACGAUUGAAAUCAAUUGAUCGCUCAGAGAGAAGCUGUACUCUGCACCUCGUGUGUUGUAUGAUUUUAUUGUUCUGCUGUGUGGUCUGGACAAGCUGUAGUCUUUGUGAUUCAAAUGUUUUCUAGUGUAACAUCAGUAUUAAUUCUCACAAAAGAUUACCUUCACUCUUUGAUUAUUCCUAAUGAAUUCCUAUAUAAUAGUCAAGUAUGUGUCGUUCUAGAUAUUCACGUGGAAUCACCUCAGUGAUGAGUUCUUUUGUUCCCCCAAAAUGAAGACGUCAUAGAACAUGUAAGGAUGUUAAAAUUGGUCAACCAAAUACAAUCGUUGUGACAUUUGACCCUUGUCUUAGCCAACAAUAUAAAAAGAUUCCUAAAUGUUUUCACAAAGAGAAGAUCUGGACGUGUGUACUUGUAUCAAGUAACAAAUCCGAUAUGCAAUAAUUUUUUCUGUUAUAUUCUGCUCUCAAAGACUGUAAUGUGGUUCACCUGACCUUGUUUGACUGUCUUGAUUCUUAAAUGUGAUUUGAAUGCUAUAAUUACAUGUCAAGACCAAUAAACAGUAGUGGAUAAAACUCAA